AUGAGUGUGGAUUGUCCAGUACCUGCUAAAGUUGUCAUUGUUGGGACUUCAACAAUAUCUUUGAACGAAAGGUUCGUUUUUCAAAAUUUUAAUUGUUUUUUAAUUUUCUCUAGCGGAACGGAAAGUGAAAGAAAAACAGCUACUCUAGUUUUUGUUUCCUUCAAGUAGGCAUUUGUCUAGGCGAUGUAUUCUCAGCGGUGCAUAGUAAAGCUUGUUGUCAGUCGGCGUAUUCACAAAAUCAGCUAACAAAGUGCAUUUUCUUAUUCAAUCAGGAUAUGUUAACGGUCAAUCAACAAUUAUCAUAAAGAGGAUAACUUUUUGUUAUUUCAAUUCUAUUUGUGUGCACUCCGAUUUUAUCCAAAUUUUAUCUUGGUUUGCGAAAGCUAAGGAAGCUUUCGAAGUGCCUCCGGAUUGCACUCCGACAUCUAACUUAUCCUCUUUAUUGACUGUCGGUGUGAAUACCUCGAGGGACUUUUUGAACUGUCUUUUUUGGGGGACUUUGUAUUCGAAAACUUAAAAGCAUGUUUUACGGUCCUUCGUUAUGUUAUUUUAUGCGUACGUUGUUCAUACAGAUACACCGUGGCGAGCUCAUAGUAUAGCAGGCGUUGUAGAUUAAAAAAACCUAAAUUAAAUUUGAAUCUGAAAAAAAGAUCACUGUAAAAGUUAUCAAAAACAUGAUUUUUUAAAUUUACUUUAUAAAAAAUUCGUUCAGAGUAAAAUUCUAUUUAUGGAUUUUUUUCAAAGCUUAUGUCUGAUUAUUUGAUGAAAUAUUCAGGUUUUCAACACUCCCUGCACCGAAGAGACAGGUUGCGGCUCUGCAAGGCUCCAUCCAACGACCGACUUACUCCAGGCAGAUUCGCCGUCCUCGUGAAGAUUACAACGUAACAAAAAUAUUGAAUCAGUUUGUCAAUUUGCAAAUAGUUCGAAGAAUUUGUGGAGGAGUACGACCCAGCGGAGCCUCCUGUGAGUUAUCGUCGUCCGAUUCGCAUCCCGAGGCAGCCAUUACGUUAGUGGUUAUUCAGUUUUUUUUUUUCCAAAAAUUGUUUCCCCCUAGAUAUAUUAUUCUGAUUUCAGAAAGCCGUUUGUCAUACGUUCCGCAAGUCAUUUAUGUACCGCAGCAACAGCUUUAUAGAGGCAGAAAUCCUCGAUUCCGUGGAACUUCAGCGUUUUCUAGCCGUGGAAGUCAUAAGUAAGCCACAGGAUGUAUGGGACUAAAUGUUUCAUUUCUUUUUUUUUUCAGUCACCAACGUAGAUUCAAUAACUAUAGAGGGAACUCUUUGCCGAGAACUUUCCGAGGUACUUCUUUCAAGCGUGGAACUCAGCGAGGGAACAGUUACCAAAACAAUGGCAACUUCCAAAACAAUCAGUACAAGGCGCAAUCGAAAAAGUCCGUGCAAGAACUCGAUCGUGAGUUGGAUGAAUACAUGCGAAAGCCAAAACACACGCCAAUAACCAUCUAG